AUGAAGUCCUCCAUACUCGCUCUGGUUCUGGUCGUUGCAGGCGUUUUCGCCUUCCCCCAAGUUGAUGUUGACUCCAUGAACUACAAUGUAGUAGAGGAACAAAUCAGAAAUAUUAUUAAUCAAAUUAGUGAGGGUAUCAGGAAAAUUGGGCUUGAUCCUUGGGAAGUUAAAAGUGCUGAGUAUGAAAACAAACUAUUCCAGGGCCGAAACAUGCGUCCAGAUCUUAUACUCAUUGCGCUUAUAGGCAUUGCAUCAGCAAUGCCUACAGAAACCAAUAAAAAUGAAGACCUAGCCAUACUAAAGGAGAGUUUCCUUACUGCAGAUGAAGCUUUAAGAAAUGGUAUAGGUGAACGAAUAAUUCUGCAGUUACUGGAACGGUUAAGGGAACUAAUGAUAAAUGGGUCAGACAAUUUUCCUGUCUUAGAUCCUAUUUAUAUAGAAAAAAUACACGUAGAUGAAGAAAUUCUCGGCAUCCCAAAG